AUGGCCGUCUACGGCGCGCGCUACACGAUAGAGCAAUUGAAAGCUCUUCGUGAAUCGCCUCUAGUACGCAAGCCAGACGAGCUGCCCUCGAUCGAUGAGUGGAUAGAACACACAUCGCGCUCUGCCCAACAGCCUGGUACGUCAUUCGCUAUGCCCACACCUGCCGAUAGCUUACAAACUCCAGACGAAAUCGUACUUGGCCCACCCAAAACAUCAUUCGCUUCAUCUCGAAACAUCAACAAGCUCGAAGAGCGCGAGCAGGAACAAGAGUCACCUGCCGCCAACCAGCGUUCGCGCUUCUUCCGUGACAGAGAGACCACAAAGACUGGCAACAAUAGAGAUUGGCGCUCUUCCAAGCAGCAGCAAGAAGAUGACGAUGCUUUUGCUUCCGAGCCCAGGUUCACUCCGCGCCAACCACGCGAGGGCAAUGGUAAUGGGUUUGGACAGCGCUUCGACCAACGCUGGGCCCGCGACAACCUCGACCGUGACCGUGGCGGUGACCGCGAGCGCGAACGUGAGCGUGAACGUGAACGGGAGCGAGAAAGACCUAGUCAGCGCGGCGGCUGGCGAGACAAGGCGCGCAACGAGCGUCAACAGGAUGCUCCUGAGAAAGAGCCAGAAUGGAUGGACGAGCCGUUGGAGAAGGAGAACAAGAACCAGAUGCAUACACAGGAAGACUUCGAGCAGUGGAAGGAACGUAUGAGAGCCGCUGCCAACGGACCGGCUACCGAGACCAAGCCAGACGCAUUCCCCGAUGAGGUCGCCACUCCUGUCAAGUCAACGCCGGCACAUUCGAAACCACAAACUCCUAUGGUAGAGGCACCUGGCUUCGACAAGAGUAUUUUCGGAUCUUGGGGCGAGAGCAAGAGGCUCGAGAGUCCUGUCGAAGCGCGCGCAGUGAAGGCGCCGGCUGGANACAAAGGAAAGUCUUCCCGCUUCGCAUCCAUGUUCGCUCCUAAGGAAGAGCCUCGACCUGUUGUUGAAGAAGCUGCCAGCCCCGCCGCACUUGAUUCGAACGAAGACAAGCAAGGCUUCCUCAGAAUCAUGGCCGGCCUCCGUAGGGGACAAUCACAGUCUGGCGGUAUCGACUCGCCUAUCAAGGAGCAGGAUGGAAGAGGUCCUCCUGCUGGUCCACCGCCCGGCUUUGGCAUGCAACCACCUCAAGACCCUUUGGCUGCCAUGUUCGACAAGGCUCCUACAUCGCAUCAGUCUCCUCGACCUCAGUCUGGUUUUGCUUCUGAUUCUUUCCUGCCACCUCCAUCUCAGUUCAGCCGUCCCACUAGUAAUGUCGCCUCGCCUGAUCCAGCAUCUAUGAAAUCGAGCAACCCUGUUUCGCAUCUACCUCAGCAGAUGCAGAACAUUUUCCUCGACCAAGCUCCUCGCAACGGUUCAACGCCUGAGAACUUCAACCAACAACACUCACGCAAGCAGAACUCAUUGAACAAGGAUUCGGAGUUUUUGCUCAACUUGAUUCAAGCCAAGAACGCCAACAGAGCUCCUCCCCCGGCUCGCAACCAACACGAGCCUGAGCCUUUCCAACUCUUCCUUGACCAACCGCCAAAGACACAAACACAAACCAUCGCUCCCAAGCCACAGGCUCCCCGUCCUACUGAAUCCAUUGAGGAGCAAUUGUUCCGUGGCAAUCAACACAUGGACCAGGGUCGUCCUCGUGCUCCUCCUGGCUUCAUUGAGGAUCCCUCAAUUGUGUUGCAACAAGCUCAGCGCAGCUAUCCCAAUGGUCCCCUUCAGCCGCGCCGCCAGAGCGCUGCUCAGCCAAACGCUGGACCUGGUGCUCCCCAAGACUNNUUCCCCCCUAACUUCCCAUACAUGAGCGGCGGUCCUCUGCCACCUGGUCCUGGCGACCGUCUGCCUCCUGGUUUCAAUCCCAACAUGCGUCACCCUCCUGGCUUUGCAAAUAUGCCCAACAUUUUCCAGCAGCCUAGUUCGCAACCUCCCCCCACAGCAAGGCACGGGCAUGCAAGGCCCUCCUCCCGGCUUCCCAUCAGGUAUGAAUCUACCACCUCCAGGAUUCGGAGCUCACGGUCCUCCCCACCUGGCUUCUUCAACAACCCAAACCACAUCCCCGGUGUUCCUCCUGGUUUCGCUCCUCCGGGAAUGAUGAUGAUGCCCGGCUCUAAUGUAAGAAGCCCCGACGGCACACCUGGCAUGCGCAGUCCUCAAGAAGGUCCUGGUAUGGGUAUGCCUAUGCUCCAAGGCAUGGGUGCUGCCUAUGGCAGUAGACGCUAG